AUGGUCUCCUUACUACUUGAUCUACCAGCCGAGAUUCGCCUGAUAAUAUACACACAUUCACUAAAACCAAAUGAAUAUGUGAAGAGCUAUCGAAAGCUGAGAGACCAAGAGUCAUCAGCCGGCGGUGGUCCUCUUUGCGCCAUUCCUCGACUUUAUGUGAAGCGAUAUACACCAUCUAUUCUUCUCCUCAACAAGAAGAUUACUAUAGAGGCUCUUCACUAUCUAUAUCGAAUACCGCUCAACCUCUACGGCACUCCCAGCACAUAUUUCGUCAUGCGUCAGAUGGAUAUUACCGAAUUCAUCAGCGAGCAUUAUCUGCAGAGAAUCCAUCAUGGUGUGUUGCGAUUAGAUAAUGCCAACAAGCAUUUUGUCCUUUCGCUCUUAGACAUAUGGGGUGCCGACAACCGGCUAGAACGACUCGAUGUGUAUCGUCCCAAGGCUCAGGUUGACAGUCAACACUGGAAAGUUGUAGAAAGCAGACUCUGGACCUUUUCGAGUAUGGUUCCGGUUGUGUUUCAUGAGGUCGAUGUUAAGGCAGACGCCUCCAGGGAUAUCUAG